AUGCUCAUUAGCCUUGGUCACCUGGCUGGACAGCUUGGCGCUUUUGUUGGUGAGAGUGAGAGUGUUAAGAAAGCCGUUGAGAAUGCUAUUAUCGUUGUAAUUAACAGUAAUGAAGAGCUUAAAAAGCUUUACUCUUCUCAUGUUACUAACCUUUCUGAGUCUGUCAGGUCUGGUGACCAGGCUGGUGACACCGGUGAAAUUAAAAUGCUUACGAAUGAAAUAACUAGUCAAAUCACUGAAACUAAAAGACUAAUUGAUAGCCUUAAUAACCCUCUUAAUCACUCUCUUCCUUCCCCCUCUCCCUCUGCUGACUCAGCCAAAUUGCACUCCAAGUUGGAGGCUUUGAAGAAAGUGGAGAAGCUUUGUGGAUUUUAUGAGAAUUCUAAUAAUCAACAAAAUGAUCCUAAAAAUCUCUUAGAGAAUCUUUGCACUGGCCUCGAAACCUUCCUAGGCUUCAACUCCGCUUCCAAAGGCUACAAUGGCACUGGGAUAGUGUACUCCGACCUUGAUAGGCUGUGUGACGGGGUGAUGGGAUUUUUGAGUGGUGUGCUUGGUGCGGUGAAAGAUGAUGAAGCGGUUAAAACGUACGAUAAUUACAUGGAUAAAAAGCUUAGUGAAGUACUAAAAGAGGUAAAUAAGAAUAUUGGCACCGGGCGUACUGGGCUUGUGGAUGCUGUCGCCGCGGUGAAGGAGUGGUGGAGGGGUAUGAAGUCAGUAGACGAUCUCUGA